AAAGUUGUAGCUUGCGUAUUCCACGGGAGUGCCAUCACCACUACACUUUUUCGACUUGUAUACCGGUUGUCUACAUCCAGAUUCUGGUGGGAAGAUGCGUGGGCUGCAAUCGCUCUUGUGUUUGAUGUCAUCUGCUUAUUCGGAGUAUGGGCUGAAGGGCCAAUAUUUUACAAUGAUCCUCCCGUUUAUACGGUCAUGUUCUGGCUACUCCCGAUAGCUUUCACCUCUGUUUUAUGGGCAGCGAGGAUGAGUAUCAUAUAUUCUAUUUUACGCGUCGCAGAUCCCCGAUGUACAAUUCGGUGGGUUGUGUAUGGCGUCAUAAGCUGCUUCGCAGUCAUGUGGACAGCCUUGAUUGUUCAAAAGGUGUUCACUUGUGUGUAUCACGGGUGCAGCAUAGGAUCCGACAUCGCUAUUGCAGAUCUCGUCACCGAUUCGAUAUCGGACCUAAUGUUGGUGAUCAUGCCUACAUAUCUCUUACGAGAUGUCGGGCUCACCUACCAUCAACGAAUUCUUGUCACAUCAGUCUUUUGCGCCUCUUUGUUGACCACCGCCAUGGCAAUUCCCCUUUCCGUUCUCCUUUUGGUAGCUCCGGUUUCGGGGACUGCACUAAUAUUCGCGCAUGUCAAGUCAGCAACUUCGUUAAUAAUCGCAAAUUUGCUUGUUAUAAUCUCCUUUGUUUACCGC